CAGUUUCCUAGAGGCGCUACAGUUCUCAGCGCCGUACUGUCCUCCGACAAAACCAAUAUCACUACCAUGACUGGUGCCAGACUCGCUCAUCUGCUUCUUCUGGGACUCACUAACAUAUGCAUGCAUACCUGCACAAAACUUUCAUCAAAAGCUUUUCUACUUACAGCUCUAUUCCCCAUCCCAAAGUACCUAUACCCUAAUCAACGAAUGCAAGGAGUACUUGAAGAUCACCUUAUGCAUAAAUGCCUUUCAAUUAUUCUCAAGCUGUUGAUGAAAGCUGCUGAGGUUGGGAUCAUGAUGUCUGAUCCUGUUGGAAAUGUUUGGCACUGCUUUACCCCUCUCGCAGUGUACAUCAUCGACACCCCAGAGGCAGCUAUGCUUGCCUGUGUAUGCGGGAAGACCUCUCCAUUUACCAUGGCUUCUUAUCUGCAGUUUGGU